AACGGUGUAUUUGGGGAGUGAGAAGAUGAGCUUUUUGGUUUCAGCUGUUCCAACAUUUACUCUGAUUUACUUCCUGUCUUCGGGAAUUUACAAAAAAAAAACAUUUUGAAGUUGAGGGCUGCACAUCCGGAGGCAUUAAAUCCGGGGCAAAGCGAGAGAAACCACACCAGCGAGAAGCGGCAGGAGGAGGACUUAGCUGGAGUGUGUUAAUUUGUAUCUGGAGUUGUGGUGUCUGAGGGGGGGGCUGGAUUAGGAAAGUCCACAGAGAGACACGAGGAGUCGUAUUUCAGCGCGGCGAGGCCCCCGUGAGUCCGGCUCACUGAAGCUGCCUUUGUUUGACUGGAAACCAGAGAGAGAGAGAAGAGGAGGAGGAGGAGGAGGAGGAGGAGAGUGCAAAGCUUUUACUUUUCAGUAAGAGGGGCAGAGUGAGCUCCAUCUCUCUCUCUCUCACACACAAGGGCCACUGCACAUGAACAGGACAACUUUAUCUGGUAUCACAGCGUCACUGAAGAUGUCUCCACGCAUCCCGCCACGGCUCUUUGGAUUAUUUCCCCUGGCGCUGUGGUUCUGCUGCUCCUCCGCUCAGCUGUUGGACGAUCGCUCUCCUCUGGCAGCCUUGGACCUGACGGAGUUGAUCGGCGUCCCCCUCCCGCCCUCCGUCUCCUUCGUCACGGGCUUCGAGGGUUACCCCGCCUACAGCUUCGGCCCUGACGCCAACGUGGGCCGCCUCACAAAGUCCUUCAUCCCCGACCCGUUCUAUCGGGACUUCGCCAUCACGGUCACGGCCAAGCCGACCACGCGGCGCGGAGGGGUGCUGUUCGCCAUCACCGACGCUUACCAAAAGAUUGUGCACUUAGGUAUCGCGUUGUCCGAGGUGGAAGAUGCUUCCCAGAGGGUCAUAUUGUACUACACCGACCCAGGAGCCAGAGGGGGCACCCAGGAGGCGGCCUCCUUCAAAAUGGGGGCCCUGACGGGGAGAUGGGCGCGGUUCACCCUGACCGUGCAGGGGGCGGAGGUGCGCCUCUACAUGGACUGCGAGGAGUACCACCGAGUGGCCCUCAACAGGAGCCCGCGGCCUCUCGCCUUCGAGGCCCGCUCGGGGGUCUUCGUGGGGAACGCUGGGGGCACGGGCCUGGCGCCGUUCGUGGGUUCCAUCCAGCAGCUGGUGCUCAAGUCAGAUCCCACGGCCCCCGAUGACCAGUGUGAGGAGGACGAUCCCUAUGCCUCUGGGUUCGGGAGCGGUGACGGCGCCUAUGAAGACAUCGAGGGAAUGGACGAAGUGAAGAAGGUUGUGGAGGAGAUAGAGUACACCACGGACCCCAUUUACAGCACGCCGGUCCAAGCUCCGCCCACUGAGAUGUGGCAAGGUGGUGGUGAUGAUGAUGAAGACGUAGACACAGAGGAGCCCUCUGGACAGGAAGUGGAGACGACCACAGCAACUGUGCUGAAUCCCCCUGACUCUGCAUUUGACACCCCCCUCCAGGUGUCUCCAGGAACAAAGGGGGAGCGAGGGGAGAGAGGAGAGCCAGGUCCGUCCGGUCCUCCAGGACCCCCCGGCCUUCCAGGCCAGGCCUCAGGAGAUGUGGAGGGAGGGGAGCCAGGCCCCCGCGGCCCACAAGGACCACGUGGAGCUUCAGGUCCACCUGGGGUACCUGGGAAAGAUGGAAAGCCUGGGAGCAAAGGUGAAAUUGGUGACACAGGACCAACAGGGAUUCCAGGAUUCCCAGGACUAGCUGGAGAGCCGGGUCCCGUGGGAGACAAGGGGGAUCCUGGGAUUGGGCUACCAGGCCCACCCGGCCCCCCUGGACCUGCAGGUCGACUGAGCAAGUCUUCCAUAUUAGUGGAGGGGUCAGGGUUUGUGGACUUUGACGGUGAUGCAGAGUUUGACAGUGAUGCAGAGUUUAUCAGGGGGCCUCCAGGGCCUCCUGGACUCCCGGGAAAGCCAGGGCCCCCGGGUACGGCAUCGGAAGACUUCUUCCCUGGACCCCCUGGGAUCCCUGGUAAAGAUGGGAAGGAUGGCGAGAACGGUCAACCUGGACGGCCUGGAGUUGAUGGAAAAGAUGGAGAUCCAGGAUCUGCUGGGGCGAAAGGAGACACGGGAGAGCCUGGUGCAAGUGGGCCAGCGGGAGCAAAGGGAGAUCAGGGGCCUCCAGGGUUUCCAGGUCUGCCAGGCUCAGACGGUCCAGAAGGGCAUCCUGGUCCCAGGGGUCCAUCUGGCCCACCCGGGCCUCCGGGUCCUCCGGGGCGAGGCCUCAGCAUGGACUUUGACGACUUGGAAGGACCCGAGAUGCAGAGUGGUUUUGGAGCUACAGCUACGCUGUCCAGAGGCCCACAGGGUUCUCCUGGAAUCCCUGGACUUGAAGGACCCAAGGGAAACGAGGGCUCAGCCGGCUCCCCGGGAAAGCCGGGGCAAAAGGGGGAAGCCGGUGCUACCGGACCACCGGGCUCCCCGGGGCUGGAGGGACUAAAAGGGGAAAAGGGACCAAAGGGGAACGACGGAGAUGCAGGACAAAAGGGGGAGAGGGGACGGGACGGGCUCAGUAUAACCGGCCCUCCGGGGCCACCUGGACCGGCAGGACCCGUUAUCAACCUCCAGGAUCUUCUACUUAACAACACAGAUGGUGCCUUCAACUUCUCCGGGAUUUUCGAAGCUCAGGGACACGCUCAGGGACCUCAGGGUCCACAGGGACCAAAGGGAGACAGUGGAUUGCCAGGAGUUCAAGGACCUCCAGGACUGAAGGGUGAAAGGGGAGAGCCGGGUCUGGCCAUCUCAGCAGAUGGAUCCCUGACGUCCGGCCUGGCUGGACCCAAAGGAGUCAAGGGAGAUAUUGGUGUGUCCGGACCGGCUGGAAUCACAGGGCCGACUGGACCCGCGGGACCCAAAGGAGAAUUUGGUUUCCCCGGCAGACCUGGACGUCCAGGCCUGAUGGGACCGAAAGGAGAGAGAGGAGACUCUUCAGCCCUGAUGGUGGGACCCCCCGGCCCGCCGGGGCCUCCGGGCCGUCCAGGAAUGUUCGGCUGCCCGAAAGGAACCGUGUUCUCCAUCCCUCCCAGGCCGCACUGCAAGAUGCCCCUCAAUCCCAAUGGAACAAUUGCAGUUGGUAACUGUCAGACAGGAGUGAAAGGGGAGAAGGGAGAGCAAGGUCUUCCUGGGAUCCCGGCGCCUCACAACUCUUUUCAUUCAAGUAGAAGUUGGGGGGCAAGAGGUGAGCAGGGCACUAAAGGAGAGAAGGGAGUCAAGGGGGAGGCAGGGUUGCCCGGGCAACCAGGUAAUCCCGGGAGAACAGGGCUUGUGGGACCCAAAGGGGAGUCAGUGAUUGGCCCACGAGGCCCCCCUGGGGUGCCCGGUGCACCUGGUUUUCCAGGCUAUGGCAGACCAGGACCGGCCGGCGCUCCAGGGCCGCCGGGGCCUCCAGGAUCCUCCCUGUCACCCUCGAGAUACGGCUCAGCUUUGACCAUUGCCGGCCCGCCUGGACCUCCUGGACCAGUUGGACCGCCCGGGCCUUCGAGUAACGCAGCAUCUCUGAGAACGUUUUCCUCCCGUGAGAGCAUGAUGCAGCACACCGCCCGGGAUGCAGAGGGGACUCUGGCCUACGUCAAGGCGACAGGAAGUCUCUUCCUCAAGGUCUCACAAGGAUGGAAGGAGAUACAGCUCGGCAGCCUUAUUUACCUCUCCAAUAACAUUAUUCCACAAGAUGAGCCCCGGGUUUCAUAUCAGAUAAGUGGAGACACGAUGGAAAGAAUACGUUCCGUCAACGAACGGCUCAACCUGGUGGCGUUGAACCAGCCCCACUCGGGCGACAUGAUGGGGCUCGACGCCGCUGACCGGAUGUGCUACGAGCAGGCCAAGGCGAUGGGUUUGCCCCCGAACUUCCGCGCCUUCAUCUCCUCCCAGAGGCAAGACCUGGUCCACGUGGUCUACCCGGGUUUCCGGGAAACUCUGCCAGUGACUAACCUCAGGGGGGAUGUGAUGUUCAGCAACUGGAAGUCAAUUUUCAAUGGGGACGGGGGGCCAAUGGAUGCCAGGGUACCAAUCUAUUCCUUCGACGGCCGAGACGUCUUGGCCGACCCGUUCUGGCCUCAGAAGAGCAUCUGGCACGGCUCCACCAGCAGGGGGCUCCGAGCGGUGGACAAACACUGCGAGACGUGGCGAGCGGACCACAUAUCUGUGGCGGGCCAGUCGUCGAGCCUGACCUCAGGUCUGCUCCUGGGCCAGCAGACCAGGAGCUGCUCCAACCAGUACAUCCUCCUCUGCAUCGAGACGCACAAAAAGACCUAAAUCGCCCACCCAGCGCCCCUCCCAUACCACUCCACCAUGCCAGCCACCGUAAACGUUAAACACUCGGGGAAUAUAAUUCGGUGCUACCUGCAGCAUUUAGUGUUUUGUUUUUUUAAACAGAGGACCACAUUAAAGGCGAUUCCUUUCACAGCGACGAUGCUACAUUUGCACUCGUCCCUUUCCUGACACCCUUCAGUGUCACAUAUCGGCGGUAAAAAGGCUUCAUGACAAACAUAAAGUCGUCAUAUGUACGUGCAUGUAAAGUGCAUGACGAAUUCUUAUGGAGGCUGCCAGUCUCCUCGGCAAUAGUGCUUCAUGACAAUAAUGCUAAUCAUCUGCAAGAUAAUGUGGUAAUGUUUUACUGAUGUCAAAAUGAUACACACGCAGCACCUUUUAACCUUUUAUUCAAAGAAAGUUGACUUGAUUGCAACCAGGUCCGUGUCAUUUCACAAGAAUAAAACAAAGUGGGCCAAUGCUUCGUCAUCAGACGGCCGUCGAUGUGUUUUGAGGACAAGACGUCUCUUUUUAUGAGACCACCUGCACCGGUCCUGCAACCAGUUGCUUUCUGUUUUGGGUUUCCAAAGACUUUUAUGGCUACUGUCACUGUGAGAGUGUUAGAAAAACAAUUGUAGAAUUUUUUUUUUUUUUAAAGACAAAAAGAAUGUUUUUAAACUCACAUGGUCCCUCGUCCAACAGACAACCAGUGUUGCCACCAAAGUCAUUUUUGAUGCACUGUACUUUAUUCAAAAAAGUAUUUUCUUGUUCAACAUGGUUUUUGUUGUAGUUUUUCAUACAUCUUGGGGAUCUCAAAUUUAAGCAGCUCUUUCUCUCAUUAGGCUAUUUAAUUUAAAUUCAAUGAUUUAUUUAUACCUUCAUAGCACAUAACGUCCAAUCCGAGGAUUCAAUUAACGAAUGUAACUUAUAGUUUUCUCUUUGAUCCUACUCAUUGCCUAUUCUCUAUCUUUUUGUACAGUUGUUAUGUUUCUAGAUUUCUGGUGAUGCAAAAGAAACAAGCUUAAUAUUUUCAUUCUUAAAAAAAUAAGAAUACAAGAAAAAUCGAUUCCUACAGGGAAAAGUCCCAUGUUUUGUGUAAAUAGUGGUGCUUUGUUGAAUAAAGUUUACUCUUUUCAUAA